AAACGCAUAAUCUCUCAAAAACAUUCACCGAGGAUUCACCUCAAGAGAUUAUUAACUUCUGUCUUAAUCUAGACUAGUCCUUGUAUUUAUGGCAACAUGGUAAAUAGACUACAUAGAAGAUAGGGAAAUACAAAUGCUUUCUUAAACCAGAAAUCAAAUACUUUCAUGCACAAUGCUUGAAGGGUUAGCAGCAUGGGUACUAAAUACUUAUGUAGGAGAAUAUGUGGAAAAUCUCAACACUGCUCAGUUGUCUAUUGCCCUAUUGCAAGGUGCUGUUGAACUUGAAAAUCUUCCAUUGAAGAAAGAUGCCUUGAAAAGUUUAGAUAUACCUAUAGAAGUAAAGUCUGGAUUCAUUGGAAAAAUCACAUUGCACAUUCCACUGCGUCGACUUAGAAGUGAACCAUGGGUCAUCUCUAUAGAGAAAUUAUACCUUGUAGCUGGACCUUUGUCCACUUUACAGUACAACGAAGAGCUAGAAAGAAAGCACGCACAAGAGCAGAAGAAGACAAUGCUGGAUGCAUUGGAGGAGAAAUGGCAGAUUUUUCAAGGGACACAACCAGAUCAGUCGUCUGCUUCAUGGUUCUCAUAUGGUACAUCUAUGGCUGCCAACAUUCUGGAAAACAUUCAGCUGAAAGUGAAAGAUGUCCAUCUAAGAUAUGAAGAUGAUAAAACCAACCCUUCGUGUCCAUUUGCUUGUGGUGUUAUAAUUAAAAACCUUAGUGUGCAAAGUACAGAUGCAUCAUGGAUGUCAAAGUUUGUCAGCCAUUAUGAAGCUGAUAAAAUGUUCAAACUUGUUGAUCUUAAAGAUUUUGGCAUUUACUGCGACACUAAUGUGUCAAUGUUGGGAAAUCUACCCAUGUCUGAACUGUCUGAUGUUCUUGAAAGAGAGAUGUUUCUAUCUGCCUCAGGACAAUUUAUGGAACACGAAUACAUACUUCGUCCUGUCACAGCCCAAGGGAAGGUUACCCGCAACACUUCAGCUCUUCCACUUCAUUCUCUAGCCAUGCCCCGCAUCUUUGUAGAGCUCACCCUAGGGGACAUGUCUUUCAGCCUCACACCCAGCCAGUACCAGAGCCUCUACCUGUGGCAGAAAGAAUUUGUGCGCCAUAACAGGAGGAGGAAGUAUAGAAAGUGUCGUCCAGCAUUCUCAGUCAAUGUCAGUCCUCGUGAGUGGUGGCACUUUGCCCAGGAGGCCCACCUGGCAGCCAUACAGGAGAGGAAUGAAAGGUUGACCAAGAACUUUAUGGUGGAUCGUGUUCAUGCUGUCACUGUCUACUCAAAGAUCUACACCACCUAUCUCAAGGGGGAACCCUUGACUCUCCAACAAAAGGCAACAAAAACAAAUAUAGAAGAAGAAUUCACAUUUGAGGAGUUGAAAGGAAUAAGGGAAGCAGCAUUUUUCAAAGUUAAGAAGAGCAAUCUUGGUGCAUCUAUAACAGCCAAGAAAACAAUUCAACCCCCUGAAGCAGUGUCCCCCACCCAGGCAACAGAAAACGGCAGUUUGUUUCAGCGCUGGUUCCCUGGCUGGUCAGGCUGGUCACAGCCCGCCACUGCCCCUGCCUCUGAUGUUGAUUCCACCUCCCCUCCCACACAGUCUGAGCCCAACAUCUCUCAAGACCCUGUUCUAGUUACAGAGGAUAUUCUAACUGAGGAUGAGAUUGAGCAAGAAAUUCAAGAUGUUAUAAAAGACUCUUCAGAGCACAGCUCAUUCCUCAGAAAAGACUCAGUGUUUGCCAGAAUGACAUUCCUGCUGAAAAAAGGCUCCUUUCACUUAAAAUCAUCCCAGCUCUCUGAAAAAACAGAUAACUCUCUUGUGGAACUACACUGUUCUACUAUAGCAAUGGAGUUUGAGUCACGCCCUCGCACCAGUGCUAUGAGGUUUUCCCUUGCAGUAGGAAAUCUGUUUGUUCAAGACCACACAUCAAAGAGCCCAAUGUUCACCUAUGUCAUUUGUCCACAGGCCAAGGAUCCAAACUGUAAGACUGCCUUCAACCCAAUAUCCCAGAUUGUCAAUGCCCAAAAUAUUGCCAGUAAAGACUAUGAAGGAAUGGAGUUCUUUAAACUCAGCUAUGAAAAAACUCCUGGGUCAAAAUUCAAAUACAGCUUGAACAUCAAGACCCAGCCCCUAGACAUCAUCUACACCCCAGAGCUGAUCCACAGGAUCAAAGAUCUGUUCAGUACUCCAACCACUGGGCUCUCUAGGGCUGCUAGUUCUGUAUCAAGCUGGCAGUUUGACAAGCUAAGGAAACAGACACAAGAGGAAUUAAGAAAUACACUGGACCAGCUGCUGGAGGGUAAAACAAGCCGAUGGAAUAUCAACCUUGACAUUAGUGCUCCCAAGCUCAUAAUACCAGAGAGUGUCACAGAUUCCAACCCUCAGCUGGUGGUCAUUGAUCUUGGCAAUUUCCGUCUGAACACAGUAUCUUCUCCUUCAGAUCUCAUCACAGACGAUACCAAAGUCUGGGGAAAGUAUGAUGACCUUGAAGACAAGUUUGAGACUCCAUUAUCUACACCCCCCAAUGAAACAGAAGAAGAUGCAGAAGUGAAGAAGACAAUGAGUGCUGGUCACAUGGCAGCCUUGAAGCAAGUCAGAAGUUCAGACUCCCUGCCAGAGAUGAGCACAGAUAAUAUGUUUCAGGACCGGCUCUAUGAAAGAUACCGUAUCGGCCUGACAGAGGUGCAAGUUCUGCUGGGAAGGUUACAUGACAACUGGAAACAUGCCUACGCUCGUGGAACAAGUCUAAUGCAUGUUGUGGAUAGAUUUAACAUAUCAGUCAUGCUAGAAAGACGACUGAUAGUGACAUCUGAUGCACAAUGGCCUGCUGCUAAACUGUCUGGCAAUCUACCAACCUUGACCUUUCAUCUUAAUGAAAGAAAGAUCCAGGGGCUAGAAAAGUGCCUGGAAAAAUUCACCAAGCCCAAAACUCCAGACAUGAGCCACACUCUACUUCACCAGCACUCAUCAUUUGACAGCAACCUGAUAUCUGGUACAGUGGACCAGUCCAGCUUUGAUGAUCAGGUGUUUCCAUCCCCUAAAGAAAACACAGAAGAAAACAAGAUGGUGGUUUUACAGUUUCUCAUCAAUAAUUUAUCUCUUGAGGUACAAAGUCAAGGUCAAGCACUGAUUGAACUCCAGGUGACAGGUGUUCAAGCAGAUGUCCACCUGAAGCCUCUCAACAUGUCCUUGGUUCUCACUGUGCACAGUCUGCUAUUGGUUGAUGCUCUACAGACAUAUGGGCGAGACUUUGAGUUACUCAUUGCUUCACACAGGAAUGUCAUGCUUGACAGUCGGAGUGGCAGCAUCAAAGGGUCAGAAGUUAACUCCCCCUCCUCCCCCAUGUCUCCAUCCUCCCCAGCAUCACCUGGCUCACCUAACCUGAACACAUCCAUAUCAUUUAGCAGUUUUCAGUCCAUCCAGGAUGCCAUCAGCAAUGCCUUUCAUUCCGUUCUACCACAAGCUCCAGCCGCACCUAGCAGAAAAUCAACAGACAACUCCAUGCCUCACCACUUCACAGCAUCAGAUGCUAAAGCUUUGAUCAUGCUAGAGUAUGAGGUCAUUACCUCCCCUGCCUCCAUGGCUCAGGAUGGUUCAGCAGGAGACACAGUCAUGAGAGUACUGAACUUGCAGUUUAACAGUUUAGAUUUUAUAGCUAAUCAGGAAACAUUGACUGAAAUAAUGUCUUUUGUGAAUCGAACAUUUCCACAAAAACCACCAAGUGAACCUAAAUUCAAGCCUACAGUCAGUCCAAAUGUCACCACAGUGGUCUCCAACAAAAAAAAAGAUAUUGUUCUUGUAAAUGCUGACUUCAAGAGGCUGAAUGUGAUGCUUGUGAAAUUCCUGACCAAUGAUGGCCACAAGUUGGCCAGGAAAGUGGCUACAGCCACCAUGUCGUCUGCUAAACUUGAAGCCAAAUUUGAUGACAACUGGGAAAUGGAAGGCAGUUUGGGUGGCCUUCACCUGAUUGAUGUCACCCCAGAGGGCACAAUCUACCAGCAGGUGGUCAGCAUUGGUCACUUUCAGGAAAUGGACUGUGCGACAGGCUUACCCACCACACCCCCAUCCUUCACCCUGAGCACCUCCCCCAACCAGGAUAUGUUCAAGACGGCUCGUGAUGAGAGAAUUUUUUCUGAUUCCAUAUCUUCACAUGAUAAGAAUGUAGCAUGCAAAUUUGUCAUCAAGAACCGCCAGCAAAAGGAAUCUGAUGGUAGUAUGUUGGAAGAUAAUGAACACUUGGAAGCUAAAUUUGACAUGGCAGCCCUUACCUAUAUUCACUGCCCCAAAUUUCUAGAGGAACUGGUGGACUGUGUGUCGGAGUUUCGGGACUACAUGACCAAAGUUGCCUCGUCCAUCAAAACAGCUGCCACUGAAGUUGCCAUGGGGAUAGUUGGUGUCAGGGGAGAGAAUACCACUCUUGAUGCUUCACUUGCUGGCUAUGCUAUUCGCAGGGACCAAUCUAUAGGGGACAUAACCAGUACCAUUCUACUGGAGGAUGUAUCACUGCAGCAGGGUAACACAAGCGUGGAGGCUAACAAGUGGAGCAUCUUGAUCAAUGCUAGGAUGGCAUCUCCCAUAUUGGUGUUCCCACGCACACCUAACAGUCCUCAGGUGCUUCUUGCACGUCUAGGAGAAAUAGUUAUUGACAACUCCAUGCAGAACAACACCUAUGGAAGGAGUAGUCUGAAGCAGGACCUAAUGAACUUAACCUUGACCAAUAUGAACCUGUAUUCCCUUAACAGUCCAGCCACUUUAACUCCUGAUGGAUUAAGUAUCCCCCACUGGCCUGGUCUGAUAAACAAGUUUGGCGUUCCCAUAUUGUAUGACACAUCUAUUGAACUCUCUAUUGGGAAAAGGGAGAAUCCUUUCAUUAACAUAUCUUCAAGGAUUGAUGGCUUUAGGGGCUCUGGUCCUCAAGAUAGCCCUGUGGGCUGCGCAAAUAUGCCGGGUGGUCUUCAUGAUGGUCUGAACGGCUGUGCUAAUAUGCCAGGCGGCAUUCAUGAUGACCUCCAUCACAUGCCUUCCAUCUUAGACAUGAAGGCUAAAAUCUCUUCCCCCCUGAAGUUGAGCUUGUCCAAGGAAGUCUACGAGCAAAUCCUCCAAACAGUUGACCACUUGACCUAUGAUGCACCCAACCCGGCGCCUGCCCACAGCCCCAACAUUCCUGUUUACACAAGCCACAGCACAUCCUCCCCUCAAGAGAAAGUGAAAGAUGAGCCAGAUCAGGUUGAGAACUUUCUAGCCAAACAUAUCAAGUUUGAUGUGCCAUUGUUUGAAGUGGAGCUGCGUGGGGAUUUUGGGGAUGGAGAGCGUGGUCUGGUGGAUCUGAAGCUCUAUGACUUUGCUGUCCAGUAUGAGAAGAAUGAGAAGGCUUGCACCCAUAUCAGUCUCCACCUCAAGUCGCUACAGAUGGAUGACCUGCUGGAGCCUGAACACUCCAAACAUCGCCAGAUCAUUGUGUCUCACCCUUCCAAGAUCAACAAAAUAAACAAAGCUUUUGACCAGCAGCCUAAAGCUUUCAUGUCCAAGUCAUGUCCAGAUAGUACAAUCAUGGCACCCAUACCUCGGAUGCCACCAUCUCUUCCAUCCAGUUUCAUAGACAGAGGAGAAAACCCCAUGCAACACUUUGAGCAACAUAAAAGUGGAUCGACUUAUCAGCGCAGGAGAGCAGCAGACAGUGAGGGAGACUACCCAUACACCCCACCACCAAGCCCUGUAGCCAGGGAUAUCAGUGUAUCCCAGCAGAAGAGGACAGAUGACUUGGUGCACAUUGAUGUCACGCUGGUGGACAAGAAGAGACCAGAGUAUAUCACCAAAUACAACAAGAUGAACAGGUUUGUGAAUGUUGACUUUGCCUGCCUGGAUGCCACCAUCAACCUCCAGACCUGGGUCGUGUUGUUGGACUUUCUAGGUCUGGGUGCCAAGGUGCAUGAUGUCAAUGUGACCAGUGACACACCUACCCAAGCAGAGAGGAAAGUGGAGAAAAAUGUGGAAGGUACUCAGUCUUUUUUGUCUCUGUUUUUAAAGCAUAUCUCUGAUGUGAACUCGGACAUCAAUUUCCAGGUGGAAAGCUUUACCCUCAUCUUCAACAAACCUGACUACGAGCUGGCUCACGCCACAGUUGCUGACCUCAAGUCUCACAUUGUCACCAGGGAUGGGAAUCUCUCGGCCAGUGGUCAGCUGGGUAGUCUCUCUCUACUGGAUGAGUCCCCCCAUGGCCAGCUGUACAGGCAAAGAUUUGUUUCCACUGGGCGUCAAGUUGUGGAGUUUAACUUUUUCAAAUUUGGUAUGCCUGAUCCAGGCUUACAAAGGGAAUUUGACAUCAGCCUGAAACUUAGAAUGUCAUCAGUGCGCUAUCUCCACACCAACCGCUUCCAGGCUGAGAUGGUGGCGUUUGUCCAACAUUUUCUCCAGUUACAAGAUCUGCUAGGUCGUCAGAGGGCAGCAUCUGUUGGGAAACAGAUCACAGACAAAGCUACGAGAGGAUCCAGAAUAUCAUUGGACAUUGAGGCCCUGUCCCCCAUCCUUCUCAUCCCCCACAGCUCCAGGACCAAGUCCCUGCUGGUUGUUGAUCUAGGCCACCUCAAGCUCAGGAACAUUUUCCUCCUUGAUGGACAGACAGGGACUCUGAGAGCUGCCAGGAAAGAGACUAUAGUGAAACAGCACAGUAAUACAGAAACAGCUCAACAAAAGGAUAUUUUCCUGAGAACUAUGACAGAGAGCCAGCUCAAUGCAUCGUAUCCCCCCACACAACCCCAUGACCCAAUGUCCCAGAGCGUGUAUGGAAGUCUGGAUGGUGACUAUCGUCUUGAAGGGCUCAACACAACAGGGCUGGGAACUGUACUGCCUGGGGGUGGUACUCAUCCUAAGAUGCAAAGACAUUUGAGCGAGUCUUACCUGAUGUCUAGCCAACAUGCAAAGUUUGAAUCAGCAAAGCGUCAGGCCUCAGUGAACGAGAGCACUGACACUAAAGAAGAGGAGGAGGAGGACUACAGAUGUAUGCUGGACGUCAUAUCUGUCACACUAACUGACAUGGACCUCUUCACUGCCAAGCGGAUCUCUAAAUCUGAAUACCAACGUGGUGAUCUGUCAACAGAUAUGGAGUUCUCUAACUUUGUUGUGGAGAGAGAGCAUGGGCGUCUUCUCAAUGAGAAAUGUCUGCUGGAGCUUCACAUAGAGAGAAAUUUGGAAGGAGAUGUCAGCCACACUGCGCCAGAUUUUUGUAUCAAGGGGAACCUGUCCUCCGUGGACUGCCACCUGGAUGUCAGCCAGUAUGAACUGAUCCGAGGAAUCCUCCACCACAAUCUGGGGGAGAGGCUGGAGGAGUUCCAGCGUCCUCUCAUGACACACCUUCAGGAUCCUAAGAUACAGACUGUCUUGAGUGGUCGGCCAUGGAAAGGCAUAAGUCUGAUAUUUGACCUGAGGAACGUGACAGUAGAGCUGCUGCACUCCCACCCCAUGGAUCCCAACACCCCGGAGAAGUCCCUGGCCCGGCUAGACUUCAUCUGCUCCCAGCUGUCCUACUCCGGCUACUCCAACCAGCUGAAGGAGGUGGACCUGGUGUCUAAUGAGAUCAGGGUGUAUGACACCAGAUUUAAGAAUGAGCCAGUGAACAGCAGGCCCAAUGUGUUCACCAGUAUCCUCCAACCCUCGUCUGGAUCUAAGGACGUCACAGGACUGCAGAUGGAGAUGCACCUGCGAGCAGCACCAGACAGCACACAUUUCACCAUCAUCCUCAACAAUGUCCGCCUCAUGUGUGUCUUUGAUUGGCUGCUGGCCAUGAAAGAGUUCCUGUCUAGGGAGCCUCCUGAUCCAUUUGCUAAAGCAGGGCAUCAAGCCCAAAGCCCUUAUGUGUCUGAAGCCAGCAAUUCACCUAUACCUUUAAAGAGUGGCAAAAACCAAAGCCCAUUGACUGUUUCUAGAGGAAUCAUCACAAGGAGAGGUCCAUUUAUUGAGGAGGUCAAGGUUCCCUUUGAGUUGGUGCUCAACUUCUCUGACACCCAGUUUGUUGUUGUUGAAGAUUCAACUUCCCUAGAUACAAAUGCUGUGAUCCUAAAGAACACUGCUGUGAUCAUCUACAAACCCCAAGCUAAGGACAAGGUUCUCUCCUGUUCCCUCCAAGGUGUGGAACUGUUUUCCUGUUGUCUGAUGGCCGAGGAAGAGACAGCCCUCUCCAUCAUUGACCCUAUUGCUAUCAGCAUUGAGCUGAAUGCUAACCCUCUGCCUCAGCCUAACCCAAACUCCAGUGGUCUGCUGGGGCUUAAGGAUGCCCAGAGGAGGCACAUGGUUUUAGAGUUGGCCCUCCACAACACACUGAACAUCCGAGUGUCCUACCAUGACCUGGUCAUGUUCCUGGCCAUCAUGAACUCUCUACCCCAGCAAGCCCUGCAGGCCAAGCAGCAGGCCACAGCACUCUCAACAUCCACAGAGUCCACAGACAGGCAGAAGUUGUCCACAUCCAGAGAGGGUGACCUUUCACCUAUGUUUGGGGAUGGCAAGAGUGUCUCACCAGAGGAGUUAGCUCAACAUGGGAAGGAGGAGAAGGAAGAGGAGGUGGCACAGCUGCUGGAGCUGGGCUUUGCUGAGGGUGAUGUGCGAAAGGCUCUGGCUGCCACCAGCUGGGACCUGGAAGAGGCAGCUCUGUGGCUGACAGACAACAUCAAACACCAGAACACAAAGGCCGCUGUUCAAACCUCUCCAGUUUUUUCUUCUGAUCAAGAUUUGAUCACGGCUAUUGAGCUGAAUGAUGCAAGUAUCACACUCUGUUUGAUUGAUGACUGUGGAGAUGCUGAUAUUCCAUUGGUUGAAAUUUCUUGCAAUGCUUUGAAAAUUCAACAAGAACUGGACCCAACAAUAGAAGGGAGGGCGACCUUUCAGCUGAUAGCAGAAUAUUACAACAGGAAACUCUCAGGGUGGGAGCCAUGUCUUGAGCCGUGGAGAUGCUGUAUUGAUUGGAAACAGUACAGUAAACCUGAGAAAAAACUGGCAGUAGGAAUUGCAGCCUCAGAUGUUUUAAACUUGAACAUCACGUCUACUCUGAUUGACCUGUACAAGCAGACGAGUGGGACAUGGGCUGCGGACUACCUGAGCCAGUACAAAGAUAAGUCGAGGAUCUCCAGGUCUUCCAGCAACUCCUCAGAGUUCCACCACAAGAGGCUGCCGUUUAUACCAUACACCAUCAGGAAUGACACAGGGAGCAGCUUGUGGUUCCACACAGCCACAACCACACCAACCAAUUUGGUGACAGAGAACCAGAAAGACCAGAAACUGGACUCUGCCUACUUGACCGUAUCAGAGUGGAAGAGAGUGGGACCAGGGGAGAGCAAGCCAUUCCAUUUCCAGAGACAGGGCAAACUGCGUCACCAGAAAUCCCAUGCCAUGCAUGUGAACCAACUGCUGGUGACUGUGGAGGGCUGGCAGAAACUGUCCCCUGUGUCUGUGGACAAGAUUGGGAUUUACUUCAGGCAUGCUGAACCUGAACUCAAAGCCCCUCCUGAUGUGAUCCCAGCCCGUGUGGUGUUUGAGGUCCAGCAAGAAGGAAGUGCCAGAAAAUUGAUUAUUGUUAGAUCUGCUCUUGUCAUUCACAACAGGCUGGACAGCCCUGUUGACCUUAGGCUAGAGGCCACUGAUGAAUCAGGCCAGUGCAAGAGUUUAACCAUCCCAGUGAACAGCACGCUCCCUAUACCACUCUCUUGUAUCAACAUGAGGAUUAGAGCCAGGCCUGCUGAUUGGCCAGUCCACUUUUGUAAGAAGCCUCUUGAUUGGCAGCAUGUGAAGAAGUGUGGAGAGCACCCUGAUGGGAUAAGAACAUGUGAUGUGAUUGGUCCAGGGGAAGAUGGUGUCUAUAGGUUUUUUGUGUGUGUGACCCGUCAGAAAUACCCACUAGAGGUAACCCUUGGAGGCACAGGCCAACAUGGCCACGGGGUCAUCCACCCAACCUUGCCAGGGCAUGUCCUGACCCUGCUACCCCCUGUGACCCUGCUGAACCUACUGCCCCUGGAGCUGCACUACUACCUGAAGGGAACCGGAGUCUCUGGCAAUCUGAAGGCAGGCAAACAGGCGGCUUUACAUGGGUUGGAUGUUUUACAAAAUUUCCACCUGGGCAUCCACCUUGAAAACUUCCCUGACUGUAAGGAGCUGACCUUCUCCCCCAACAUGAGCCACAAGAAGCUGCUGCUGAGGAUAUAUGACAACAACAAGCGCAUGCUGAAGCUGGUUGUUAGGGUCAACAUAGUCAAGGGAGGUUCUGUACUGCUGAUCAUCUCUGCCCAGUUCUGGCUGGUCAACAAGUCUGGUAUACCUCUGGUGUUUCGUCAGGAUGGUUCCAAAGUUACAGCAGCCGGGCAGUUUGAGGAGCACGAGCAGGCACGAAGUGUCACCCCCCUCUUGUUUAGUUUCUCUGACAAUGACGAGGUUCAUCUAUGUCAGAUGCGAGUAGGGACAUCAGUCCAUGGAGCAGGCACAAGACCACAGUGGAGUGUCAAAUUUUCCCUGGAAGGUGGGACAUCAAAGAGAGCUCUUCACGUGGUACAGAUGGAGGGCAACAGGCCAGACAGGGUCUACAACAUUGGUAUCCAGGUGUCAGCAGGCAGAGGUCGCUACAGGGGUACAAACAUUGUGACCUUUGCCCCCCACUUUGUCCUGGACAACCAGUCCAGCUUCAAGCUGGCCAUCACCCAGCAGUUUAUGACCAAGAAAGAGGUGAACCAGCCAGAAUACCUGACAGCAUUCCCCCAGUCCUCCCUGCCCUAUCACUGGCCCAGGGUGGAUUUGAACCAGCUGCUGUGUGUCAAAGUGCUGGAUGUUGAGCACUGCAAAUGGUCUGGUGGUUUCCACAUUGACAAGAUUCAUUCUUUCCACAUCAACAUGAGGGACAUGAAUGGCACCUGUCACCUGCUUAAAGUGGAGGUGGUCCAGCAGGGACCCACCUUCUUCACAGUCUUUGCUGAUGCUGACGUCAUGCCCCCACCUUUCAGGAUUGACAACCUGAGUGAGGUUCCUGUACUGUACCAUCAAACUGGGGUCUCUGAUGAUAGACUCAAGUCCUUCAUCAAGCCACACACACAGAUCCCCUAUGCCUGGGACGAGCCAACAGUCCAGCCCCUGAGGUUGACCCUGAGCAUCAUGGGAGGUACAUCAGCCAGCUAUGCUUUAGAUAAAUCAGAGGAAGGGGAGCAGCUGCACUAUGAGAACUUCAUCUACCUGGCCGCCUCAUCUACAUUUGACAAAACAACAGAGCGUGGUACAGAGCUGGUGCUGGAAUGUGGCCACAAUCACAACAUUGUAUUCAAAAGGAAGGAGAACAGCAAGCGUGGCCAGCUGUGGAGGAUGACCGGGUCAGGCAUGCUGGAACACGAGGGCUCCAUGCCCCCGCGUGACCCCAAGAACCCCAACAGCAAUGCUGAGCCAGGCCUGGUCCUUGACAUUGCUGACCUGGCCCCGCGACCUGACCAGUGUGUCCCCCUUGUUCUAAAAAAACCUGACGUCCGACGCAAGUCCACACAGACCUGGAGAUUCACAAAGGAUGGCUUGCUGUGUUGUCAAGCAGGCUCUAUGUGUGUUCAGGCUGUUGGGGGAGUCAAGGGUCUUCAAGAAGGUGCUAUAGUGGUGCUAGGGCCAGGACCAGAUGUGAAGGAAUCAAAUAGUGUACUGAGCCACAUGCUAAUCUCUAAAAAAAAGCUGCGGCCCGGGUCAGGCUGCGUGUCUGUGCGGGUCAAGAUGGAUGGGCCCAUCAGGGUUAUUGAGCUAGUUGACAUCUUCCAGCGAAGUUGGAUGAAAGACUAUACAGAAGCUUCACGCUUGUCCAUAUUAUUGGUGCAUAAGGCUCUUGUCACCCAGCAGAGACCCAGUUGUCUGCAUCGCAUUUGCAGUAGUGCUGGAGAGCAAAUUGUGAAAAGAUUAUCCGUGGAUAAAGACCUGGAUGAUUGGCAGGUCUAUGAUGAGCUGAAGGAUGGGCCAGAGAGGAAACCAAGUUCUAGCCUAGCAGGACAUACCAUAGAGCUUUCUCUAACCUUAAAAGAUGGGAUAGGUGUGUCACUGGUCAACAGUUUCUCUGAGGAGUUGCUGUACCUGAGCCUGAAGAACAUCUGUCUUGAGAUCAUAUCCAGGCCGUCUGCCAUCACGUUUGAAGCUAGUGUUGCUUUGAUUCAGGCAGACAACCAGAUGUGGGGGACCCAGAGGCCAGUGGUCAUGUUUGUCACGCCACUGUCCAGACGUGACAUGACAGACAGCACACCAGCCCUGCUAGUGUCAGCCCACAAGGUGCCCAGUGGCAAGUGGAAAGCUGAAAUAUUUAAGCAUUUGUACGUGUGCACCAAACGAAUGACCAUACACAUAGAGGAGAAACUCUUGUGGAAACUGAUGCAGUUUGCUGGCGUGGGCAAAGAUGACAGGAUAUUGAAUCGAUUAGAUGAGGCCACUGAUACACACAGAGCCCUGUCUGCUGUGACUGCCAUCCAAUCAACUCGCUACUACUUCGGGGCUGUCAGACUGAGUAUCAGCCGUGUUACACUGAGCAUGCUGACCACCAGCAAACUGACCCCUGACCUUAAGGCCAUCAAGAAUGCUGUGUCAACAAGGCUGAUAGCAUUUGAGCAGGCAAAUAUUGAUCUGAGACAUUUUGAGCAGUAUCACAUGUUUGAGACAGGGCCGUUUCUCAUCAGUGAAAUAAUGAACCAUUACAGAGAGGAGCUGAUUGGUCAGGCAGCUAAAAUAUUGGGCUCAGUUGAUUUCCUGGGCAACCCUUUAGGUCUGGUCCAUGACAUCACUGAGGGGAUAGCUGGCUUUGUCAAGGAUGGUAACGUUGGGGGUCUGCUCAAGAAUGUCACACAUGGAGUCUCAAACUCUACAGCCAAGGUUGUCAGUUCACUGUCUGAUGGUAUCAGCACAGUUGGCUUUGAUGAGGAACACAACCAGCGCAGGGAGGCCUUGAAGAACGUCACCUCCGGCAGCAGCAGUGAUCACCUGAUGGCCGGGUUCAAAGGUCUAGGUCACGGACUGCUGGGUGGGGUCACGAGUUUUUUCUCACAGAGUAUUUCUGGGGCUCAGAGUGAAGGUGCUGUGGGUCUAAUCAAAGGAAUGGGAAAAGGUGUCUUGGGCACCGUCACCAAACCUGUCUCUGGAGUCUUGGACCUCACUUCAGGCUUUGCAAAUGCCCUGCGAGACAGUAGCACGCGGACGUCACACCGCGACCCAGCUCGUAUCCGAGGACCUCGCCGUACACAGGGUCCUGGGGGGUUGUUGCCCCUGUAUUCUAAAUCUCAAGCCGAGGCACUGACCAUACUGUAUGAACUGAAUGGGAACGAUUUCUCUGAAUACCUGAUUGCCAUGGAGCAGCUGACCACUGACCAAAGCGGGGAGGGAAACAUGCAGGUCAUCAUCUCCAGCAGGCAGCUUUUCUUCUUCAACCAACGCAAGGCCAGGUCUGACAGUGUUGUGCUCAACAUCACCUACCCAGAGAUCCUGCUCUGUUCUAGUCAAACCUCAGAAGGAAAACACUACAUUGAAUUGACCCGCAAAAGUACAGAUGUCAGCAACACCACUUUAAACAAGCCAUUGGUACGAUGUGAUAAACUCCCUACAGCUAAAAAGGUGGCUCAAGAGAUCAAAUAUGCCAAGAAUUUGUUUGAUGAGAGAGCUCAGACCCUGGAGGAAGAUGAAUCUUCUGAUGAUGGAGAUGCUGAGUAGGACAUCUUUCUAACCAUCUGUUUUUUUGAUACUCGUAGGUUUUUAUUCAUGAAGCGAUAUCAAAUCAAGAUGAGAAAUUAAGUGGUUUAUCUGUCUACAUAUUUAUAUCUGUGUGUAUGGUUUUACCUGUUCCUAAAUGUUAGUCAAGUGUUAAAAUAUUUCAGAUUAUAAUUUGUUCUUACUGUCCUACUUCUAGUGUCAAAUUGAUAUCCAUGUGCCUUAGCAUUGGUUCAGUGUGUAGUCAAUGUGUGUAGCCAGCUUGGCUUCUCAGCCUUGUAGGUCAUGUAGCUCAGGUGUGUCAACAUGUUAACAAUGUCAGUCUAUCAUCUCCUUGUAUUUUGUUUUCUAUUUUACAUGUUUAGCUAGUUGUCAUGUUCAGUUCAGUCUAUCAUGUCCUUGUAUUUUGUCUGCUAGUUGACAUGUUCAAUAUCAAACUACCAUGUCCUUGUAUUUUGUCUGCUAUUUGAUAUGAUCAAUUCAGAACUAUUGUGAUGAGUUGCCAGGAUAAAGACCAAAUUUAUCUGUGAUAAAUUA